UUCGGAUUUGCGGAGCCAUGGCUGGGUAUAUGGAUGAUGAUUGGCUGCCACCAAGUGAGGAUGAGGAGGAGGAGGCUGCUGAGUGCGAGCUCCCUGACUAUGGAGACGUGAACUUCUGGACGGAGGUCUACACGCAGCAACGGGGCCGCGAGCUCGCCCCACAGGAGUGGCUGGUGUCAUAUGGCCACUUCUGCGCUCAAGGCUGGCGCCGCUUCCUGCCACCGGGCGGCCGGGUGUUGGACCUGGGAUGUGGCGACGCGGAGUUCAUGACGGAGGCCUACGAUGAUGGAUACCACGACAUCACUGGGGUAGACAUCGUCGAGCCCGUCUUGGAGACGAUGAGGCAACGCAACGUCGACCGGCCUGGCAUGACCUAUCUCUGGGCGGACGCCAUGGAUCUGUCGGUCUUCGAGGACGAGUCCUUCGACGUGGUCUUCGACAAGAGCACCCUGGACGCCUUGAAAUGUCGCGGGGCGGAAGCCACGAGCAGCAUGUCCUCGGAAGUGCACCGCGUCCUGCGCAGAGAUGGUGUCUAUCUUUGCAUCAGUCUCAAUCCACCUGAAGACGCGCAGCCAGCGAUCGAAGGGACAGCUUGUGGUCGGAAAUGGGACGUGGAGGUCAUGGUGUGUGAGAACGAGAAUUAUGAUGGCGCUGAUGGCCCGCCCAAGCAUCUCUACAUGUUGCCACACCUUUUGCUUGGCAACAUUUUGUUGAUUGCAAUUUGACAAUUCAAGUGGCCGGCUUGGAAUACCCUUAAGCAGGCAGGCUGGUUUGGCCCACGGUGCUCAUUGAAUCUCAGGAAUUACAUGGUCCCUCUUCCCACCACAGAGCACCCAUUUCUUCUUGACCUGUUAGACUGCACCAUGGUCAGUGCAAGCCACACCCUCCGAAGGUACGUUUCAAGGAAACGACCAUGAUGAUGCAGACAUCAAGAGAACGGCGGCUAUGUCAAUGAUAUUAAAUCCUGGCUGCAGGAAGAUUUCCUCCAAACGACUUCGAAGACAGCAACCAACUGGAUGUGGCCUGCAAUGGGUUCCAAACAGCCUCCUGAAGUAUCACCUGGUCUGCCUGAAUAUUUCUGCUGAUGUUUGCAAACAUUGACAAGAAACCAUAGAACUUCGGAUCGAUGUGCACGGCUUGCGGAAAUGUCAUCACCUAAAGCUGCGGACAAUGAAGGCCUUCCCGGAAGGAUCACUGAAGCGACGCUGCCGAAAAA